UCACAGCACUGUACCAUAACCCAACAAAUUUCAAAUAUAACUUUCAAAGUUAGUUGAGCAUCUCCUUUUCCCUCUUUUAUCUCCAACCGACAGCCACCGUACUCAACACACUUCCACCGCCGCCUCCGCCGAUCCACCACCACCAAAACCACCGAAUUUAAAUGAAAAGAAACCACACAUCAUCAUAUUACACCUCAGUAGAUCGAAAGAAAUGGCUAACGCCAGUACUAAUUAUCGCCGUACUCUCACUAAUCAUACUCGUCCUCACUAUAAACCAUUCUAGGUCAAACAGAAAUUCCUCUCUUAAACUUGAAUCAGAGAGUACUAAUUUCAACGACCAAAAAUUAGGGUUUCCGCUACCGAAAUUCGCCUACUUAAUUUCGGGUACCAAAGGGGAUGUUCCUAGAGUGAAGAGACUGAUUCAAGCUGUUUAUCAUCCGAGGAAUUAUUAUGUGGUGCAUCUGGAUUUAGAAGCGUCUGAUGAUGAAAGGCUUGAGAUUGCAAAGUAUGUGAAAUUUGAGAGUGUGAUUAGAGAAUUUGGGAAUGUAUUUGUUAUUGGUGAAGCUGAUUUGAUUACUUUGAAAGGUCCUACUGCGAUCGCUAGUACGCUUCAUGCCAUUGCGAUUUUGUUGAAGAAAGCUUAUGACUGGGAUUGGUUUCUUAAUUUGAGUGCUUCUGAUUAUCCUCUCAUGCCUCAAGAUGAUAUCUUGCACAUUUUUUCAUACUUGCCAAAGGAUAUGAACUUUCUUGAACACACAAGUAGUAUUGGUUGGAAAGAGCAUCAAAGAGCAAGACCUAUAAUUAUUGAUCCAGGUUUGUAUCAUUCAAAAAAAUCCGGUGUGUUUCUGGCCAAAGAAAAAAGGGCUUUGCCUGCGUCUUUCAAAUUAUUUAUGGGAUCUGAAUGGGUGGUUCUGACAAGAUCGUUUCUUGAGUUCUGCGUGUGGGGAUGGGAUAAUCUCCCGCGCACUCUUCUUAUGUACUAUACAAACUUCCAUUCAUCUCCCGAAGGUUACUUCCACACUGUUGUCUGUAACCACAAAGAUUAUCAGAACACUACAGUUAACCAUGACCUGCAUUACAUAAAGUGGGAUAAUCCUCCAAAGCAACACCCUAUAUCUCUAGCUUUAGAGCAUUACGAAGACAUGGUUGAAAGUGGUGCUCCUUUUGCUCGGGAAUUUUCCGAGAAUGACCCGGUUCUCAACAAAAUCGAUGAAAAGCUUUUGAGGCGAACAAAUGGGAGGUUUACUCCGGGAGGUUGGUGUGUUGGCAGUACUAUUUUAGGCAAAGAUCCGUGUGUUGCCUAUGGGAGUCCAGAUGCAAUUAAGCCAACUGUAAGUUCAAAGAGACUAGAAAAACUAAUUUUACAACUUCUUAAUUCUGAAAAUUUUAGGUCUAAACAGUGUAUAUAGUUCUCUAAAUUGGCAUUCGUUACUUCUGUUUUUUCGUGCCAUUUAUUCUACUAAUGGCAGUUCUCUGAAGUGCAAAUGAAUGUGAACUCAUAUUUACAAUACUUCUGCUAUCCUGGUAAUGUGAGAUGUACUCUUGUGAGUAUAUAGGUCCAUAUGAAUUCGGUCUAGCUGAAAUAAUUUUGGUAAAAGAAAACUCGACUUUUCACUUGAA